GGCAUUGGAGAUGAGGAGAUUUUGUCUGCGCAAUGGUAUUCCUUCUCUCUCUUUGUCUCCUAAUUCUCAUUCUUGUUUUACGGCAAUUACAGUGAGAAUUUAUAGUAAUAAAUCCAUUUCUGCAAUGGAUAAAUUUGAUUUUGGGGUUAACAUCAACUGUUUAGAUGAUGCUGUGAUUCUCUUUAAGCAAAUGGUUACAAUGAAGCGUCUUCCUUCUCUUGUUGACUUCUCUAAAUUAUUUAAGACUAUGAUAAAUAUGAAGCAUUAUUCUGCUGUCCUUUCUCUUUUUCGAGAAAUGCAGAAAUUGGGUAUCCCAAUUAAUGGAGUCAUCUUAAAUAUUGUCAUUAAUAGUUAUUGCCUGAUGCAUCGUGUUGAUUGUGCAUUUUCGGUGUUACCCAUUUACCUCAAGAAUGGUAUUCCGUUUAAUGUUGUCACCUUUAACACCCUAUUAAGGGGAAUCUUUGCUGAAAAUAAGGUCAAAGAUGCAGUUGAAUUGUUCAAAAAGUUGGUGCGAGAAAAGAUUUGUGAACCUGAUGAAGUCAUGUAUGCAACCGUCAUGAAUGGGCUUGGUAAAAGGGGUCAUACGGAGAAGACUUUAAGUUUGCUCCGGUUAAUGGAACAAGGGAACACUAAGCCCAACUUAAUUAACUACAACAUCAUCAUAGAUGCCCUUUGUAAAGAUGGAAACUUAGAUGCUGCUAUCAAUCUUAUGAAUGAGAUGAAGCAGAAAGAUAUUCCUCCAAACAUAGUUACAUAUAACUCAAUAAUUGAUGGUAUGUGUAAGCUUGGUGAAUGGGAAAAGUGUAAGACUUUGUUCUCUGAGAUGGUAAACCUUAAUAUUUAUCCAAAUGUACGCACCUUCAACAUACUAACAGAUGGACUAUGCAAAGAAGGGAAAGUCGAAGAUGCCAAGGAAGUAAUGGGAUACAUGAUUGAAAAAGGUAUAGAGCCUGAUAUAAUCACCUACAAUGCAAUAAUGUAUGGAUAUUGUUUGAGUGGUCAACUUGAUGGAGCGAGGAAACUUUUUGAUUUCAUGAUAAAUAAGUGCAUUGAGCCUAACAUUGUUAGCUAUAGCAUACUAAUAAAUGGAUACUGUAAGAAAAAGAAAUUGGCUAAGGCCAUGCAAUUGUUUUGUGAAAUUUCUCAAAAGGGACCAAAGCCUACUACUUUUAUCUACAAUACUAUCUUGCAAGGUCUGUUUGAUGUCGGAAGAAUUGGAUCUGCUAAAAAUAUCUAUGCUGAGAUGCUAUCUGCAAGGUGUAUUCCUGAUUUGUACACUCACGGCACUUUGCUCAAUGGUUAUUUUAAGUAUGGACUUGUUGAAGAAGCUAUUUCACUCUUUAAUAAGUUGGAAAAACAGGGAGAAAAUACUGAUAUUGAAUUUUACAAUGUUGUCAUUAAUGGAUUGUGCAAAAAUGGUAAACUCGACAAAGCUCGUGCUCUUUUUGAGAAGCUUUCUUCAAUGGGAUUGCUUCCGAAUGUGAGAACAUACACUACAAUGAUAACUGGAUUUUGUCUACAAGGAUUAGUAGAUGAAGCUAAAGAUAUGCUUAGGAAAAUGGAGGGCAACAAUUGUUUUCCAGACAAUGUCACCUACAAUGUUAUGGUGCAAGGAUUCCUCAGGUGCAGCAGAAUUAGUGAAAUGACAACUUUCACGAAGGAAAUGGCCAGAAGAGGCUUCUCAUUUGAUGCAUCUACAACUGAGUUGUUGGUAAACAUUAUAAUGGAGAAUCCUUUAGUCCUUGACAUGAUACCCGAGCUUCACUUGAAAAAUAAGAAGUGAAUAUUUCUUUCGCUUGGUUUAUUCGGCUAUGCUAUCACUGUGAUACAAUUUCCCUUUUAUCCAUGCAAAAGAAAUGGCAUACUAUGCAAUUGCAGAA